GCCGCGUAACAGAUGAGCUGAUAAUUUGCAAAGAAGCAUAACAAAAAUUGCACACUGAAAGAAGAUGCCAAGAGACACGAAAAAAGUGAUAAUUUUCUCCUUGUAUGCACAGGUGGCGUUGGGCGUCCUGGCAUGGGCGCAGGUAUGUCCAUCACGGUGCCGAUGUCCUGAAGAGCCACCAAUGUGCGCGCGCGGAGUUCCAUUGGUUCUCGAUGACUGCGCGUGUUGUCUGGUCUGUGCACGACAAGUAGGAGAGACUUGCUCCGAGCUCAAUCCGUGUGACAUGCGGAAGGGUCUACGGUGUGAUUAUGGCGCGGGCGCGCACAAGAGGACCGGCGUGUGUGCAGCACACAAGGGAGAUGUGUGUGUCCUUGAUGGCUCUAUCUACCAGAACGGGGAAACUUUUUUCCCCAGCUGCAAAUACCAGUGCACCUGCCGGGACGGCCAGAUGGCCUGCGUGCCUCGCUGCAACCUGGACGUGAUGCUGCCAGGUCCAGACUGCCCAUUCCCGCGGCGGGUCCAGGUGCCGGGCGAGUGCUGUGAAAAGUGGGUGUGUGAUCCCCAGCAGGAGGCCAGCGCCCUCGGGGGCUUCGCCAUGGCCGCCUACAGACAGGAGGAUACGGUGGGCUUUGAUGCUUGGGACCCCAGCGUGAACUGCAUCGAGCAGACGACCGAAUGGUCAGCCUGUUCUCGGACCUGUGGCAUGGGGGUGUCCACCAGGGUCACCAACAAGAACCAGCGCUGUGAGAUGGUCAAGCAGAGCCGGCUGUGCAUGGUCCGACCCUGUGACAUGAAGACAGAGCCAACCGACGUGAAGACAGAGGGCGCCUGCCUGAAGACCAAAAGGACCCCCAAAGCCACCCACUUCUCCUUCAAGAACUGCACUAGUGUCCAGGCUUACCGCCCGCGCUUCUGCGGCCUCUGCACCGACGGGCGCUGCUGCACCCCUCACAGCACCAAGACAGCGCAGGUGAAGUUUGCCUGCCCCGACAACAGGGUGAUCAAGAGGCCCAUGAUGUUCAUCAACACCUGCGCCUGCCACCACCACUGCCGACGGGAAAACGGCAUCUACCAGAGCACAGACCCGAUGCACAGCGGCAGCCUGAGACUCUGAGCCUCAGACACGGUGUCAGACAUCAUCUCGGAGCCCUGUGCUCUGUAGUGAAUAGGCUUGCUUUAUUCUGUUUGCAACCUAAAUUAUACCAAAGGUUUUAGUAUACUUGAUUAGAACAGUAGAAGAUCUGUUUGCUGCUAUCCUCAGAGCUGUAUCAGUACCAAGUACUGCACUUACUCUGAUACCUAGAUAGAGACACCCUUUGGAUGUUCAAAGGGCCACAUAGUAUGUGCAUCUAAAGACCAAAGGUGGUAGACACCAGAGGAUUCUGCAGGUGAAGGAACACAACUCUUGUAAUUCUGGUUAGAAGUCAUAAACAGUGACCUUGGUGUCUCCAGGAUCAACUAAAGUCAGUUUUGUAAUAAUCAUAAUGAUACAUGUAUUGGUGCAAUAGACAGGGGGCCACAAAGGCCCGAUCUAUUCAGCUGAAUUCCUCACACGAGGCCGUUGUAGAUGGGUGACCUCUCCCAGGCCCUGGGGCCAUGUCUGCCCACCACAGCUGUGAGGGGCCCAUGGGACUGGGAGGGCAAAGGUAACUCUCACACUGCCAUGUGGAUCUCCGCAGCUAGACGUGCUCUGUGGCCCUGCAUGGCCGGGAGAAGAGCUCUGACUUAAGCAAACAGAUACGGUAUCUGGAAAUAUGGGCCAAGAGUCAGACAUGGUGUCCCAAUUUGACAGUAAAAAAAACACACAAGUGCUGUACAUGUUAAGGACAGCGUAUAGGAUGUGUUGUGAAAACCCUUCGCCUCAGAUUCCUCCUAUUUCCUUUAUGAAGGACAGAGGGCAGUAUCUGUAUAUAUGUGCUCUAAAGUUAGCCUUUGCAUGUAUGAAAUGCACAAUGUUUAUAUAAUCUAUUGUUUAUUUUAUAACUAUUGUAAAUAGCAAUAUACAGUAUUUGAUUUUCUUUAUAUGUACUUACAUUAUAUAUUGUGUUUGACUAAGCUGUUCCAGUGUUCCUAAUAAUCAGUAUCUCACUGAUUAACAAU